AUGGGCAGCUGCAGAAAUUCCAGAGGCCGCAGCUGUGCCUGCUGGGCCCCACGACGCCACACCUGGCACGGGAAGCCGCGGAGAGCGCUCCGUGAUGAGGGCGAGAUAGUGAUCCACGUCAGCGAAGUGGAGGGUGGAAGUUCCCUUGAGCUCGGGAAGGUGCGGCGAGAGGCUGCCACAAGGUCCUGGGCGUUCGCUGCCUGGAAACAGCCGCGCUCCAAUGCCCGGCGAGUGGCGCUGCAGGGCCUCGAAUUCUACGCCUUUACGCUGCCGCACGAGAACACCUUCCAGGUUGCUGUAUGGAGGCAGCUGGGUGAUGUGGUGGCAAGCGGCUACAGGUUGCCGGUGGACUCGUCGCCCUUGUUGGUGAAAGUGGUGGAGGGCGAGUCCUUCAGCCCUGGAAGGAUGGGUGCCCGCAUCGGACCGCUAGCGGACCUCUACCAGCGCAAACCCUUUGACAGGAGAGCCUGGGUCUACUGGGAGUCCUUCUGGGUGCCGGGCGUCAACCUGGACAGGAAGUCAUUUCAGCCAUGGCUGAGUAAGCUUACCCUGGAGCACAAAGAGGCGCCUGGGCCAAACCCUGAAGAAGCAGCGGCGACAGAGGACGGAGCUCGUCACUCCAAGGCGGAUGCCUUCGCCGAGAUCUACCGCCGCGGCGUUUGGCCAGGUCUUUGCUCUCGCUCUGGACCUGGGUCUGAUCCCUUCCACCCCAUGGUGCGCAUUGCUAUCACAGCCUUGGAUAUGGCGGUGGAUUUGCUGGAGGCCACUUCCAUGCUGGAUGCAGCUUGCGGCGAUGCAGCUUGGAUUGCGGCAGGGUUUCUUUCCAGGAGGCCGGGUGUCAGAUACAUCGGCAUAGACAUUGUCAGCCAUGUCAUUGAGGAAAAUCGGCAGAAGUUCCCCAACCUGCGAUUCCUGGCCGCUGACCUCAGCCACUGCGAGCUGCCGGAAGCAGAGCUGAUCUUCUCCAAGGAGAGACGCUCAACCACAUGUUUGUUGAGGAUGCUGUGCAUGCACUGCGUGUGCUGCAGUCGUCUGGAGCAAGGUACUUGGUGACCAAUAUCCACCGCGGAGCUCCUAACAACCGCGGUGCGGCAAAGGGACAUCAUGCCCACUAUGCUCCGUAUGACUAUUCCUUGCCGCCGUUCAACUUGAGGAAGCUUUGCCCGCUGGUUUGCAUCAACGUGGAGGACUGGACCGAGUAUGCCCUCUUUGCGCUGGAGC